UGCUUUCAUUAGACGCCAUUUAUCUCAAUUUUCGUCAUUCUUUUUAAUUAUUUUUAUAACUAUUCAAUAACUCUCUUAAAGAUGAGAUAAUUUCGUUAAUAAUUCUCUAAAAUAAAGUCAUUAGGAGCACAAUAAAGUUAAAUCACUGAAUUUCUGGAGUUGGUAUUCAGACAUCAGUUACAAUAGCUGUGAUUGAGUGAGCUCAGCUGCACUCAAAGCGAAGCCAGAGCUGUCAAAACAAUCGCCAGCAGCACGUGGUGAAGGAAACUCUUCAAGAUUCUCAACUUAUUUUCCUGCAUCUCAUAAGGAAGACACGCACAGACGAUGCCCAAGUCCAAGAGGGAUCAGAAAAUCUCCCUGACCAAGACUGACCGGAAAGGAUUGGCGUGGAAGCAGCACAUAGUUGAGGACAUCAGGCACUGCGUGUCCAAGUACUCUCAUAUCUAUGUCUUCUCCGUGCACAACAUGAGGAACACGCUGCUGAAGGAGCUGCGGACGCAGUGGAAGGACUCGCGCUUCUUCUUCGGCAAGAACCGGAUCAUGCAGAUGGGGCUCGGCGAGGCGGCCAAGGAGCUGACGGAGGACGUCAGGGACAACCUGCUGAAGUUGUCGCACCGCCUGCAUGGCCAGUGCGGCUUGCUGUUCACGAAUCACGGCAAGGACGUGGUGCUGGACUGGUUCAAAGACUACUCGGCGCUGGAGUACGCGCGCAGCGGCCACAAGUGCCACGAGGCCAUCGUCCUGCCCGCCGGACCGUGCGAGGAGUUCUCCCACGCCAUCGAGCCGCACCUGCGAAAGCUCGGCCUGCCCACGAAGCUGGACAAGGGCGUGGUGUCGCUGUAUCAGGAGUACCGCGUCUGCGAGGCGGGCAGCAUCCUGACGCCCGAGCAGGCGAAGAUCCUGAAGCUGUGCAACAUGCCCAUCGCCACCUUCAAGCUGCUCAUCAAGUGUCUGUGGCUGAAGACGGGCGGCUUUGAGAACCUCCUGGACGACACAGACACCAGCGACAGCGGAAACGGAGCCGACGACGAAAUGGAGCGAAACGCAGAAGCGGCCAUGGAAGAAGAUGAGGAGGAUUAAGUGGGUUGUUCUGCUUUAUUUCACCCUCUCUAAAAGCAAAUUGCUCAACUUCCUGACACUUUCCUGCUGCAGCACAUAAAUACGACAUGCCACAUUGCAUGUCCCUAUUUUACCCUACUAAAUAUUUUAUUCAAUAAAUCCUAUUGAAUUACUACAA